AGUGAAAAGGGAGGCAUUGUGAUGGUGAACUUCUACAAUGACUAUGUCACCUGCAAGCCUACAGCUAAACUUUCCGAUGUGGCAGAUCAUUUUGACCACAUCAAAAAGAUUGCUGGUUACCAGAGUGUAGGAUUUGGUGGUGAUUACGAUGGCGUUUCAAGACUUCCUGAAGGUUUAGAGGAUGUCUCCUUCUAUCCAGAUUUAGUAGCUGAACUACUGAAAAGAAAUUGGACUGAUAAAGAUGUGAAAGCAGCUCUUGGAGGAAACUUCCUACGAGUCUUUGAGCAAGUGGAACAGGUUAAGUCCAACUCUUCUGGUGCUGAUGAGCCUAUCCCAUAUGAUCAGGUUCAGAAUGAAUGUAGAACUGCCUAUGGCUAUCAGAAUCAAAAAAAUAGUGGAACUCCAUUGGUGUUAUUUCCUACAGUUGUCACAUUAACUUACCUAGUAUAUUAUACAUUAGUGUAAGAACUAAAUAAAAGGAUGGAGGUACCACAGUAACCCUUAAAUAUUGCAACUUCCCCCCAAAAAAACUGAAUAUAAAGAAAAUUUAGAGGCAGAAUUUUCAUGGGCCUUUUCCCACUCACUCAUUGUAGCAUUGCCAGAAAUUGUGCAAAAACAGGUAUGAAUAAAGAUGGAUGUCACUUCAGUAGAGGUCCCUGAAAAAUGUUAAUCUCUUACACAAUUUUAACAUAUUUUCCAUUAUCUGGAUACUUUCAAUGACUGAGUUAUUUCAUAUCUUAAUUAUAUAAAACAUGGAUUGGUUUUGGCUAAGCAUACCUCACAGUUACUCAGGGUAUUGUAGUGAGAGAAACGUAUAGCCUACAUUGUGCAACACUAUAUCUCUAAUUAACACACACCCGCAAUUUCUUCACAGCAACCAGACAAGCUGGCCCUUUCUACCCACACAAAGCUUUACUCGGAGUCUCUAAGUAUAAGGUUCUGAGGAAGAGUCACUCGAGCCGAAAUGUUACCUCUGAUUUCUCUCCGCAGAAGCUGCCAGACUUGUUGAGCUUUUCCAGCAAUUUCUACUUUUGUCUCUCAGUAUUACAGUUGUACCUGUGGAGGGCAGGGACAAUUUCAAUGAUGCAUUCCUCCCUCUCUCUUGCACACGAAUGUACAAACUGAAAUGUUGCAACAGUACCUGGAAUUUCAACAUUAAACGCCAGUGAAGUGGUCAAUCAAAA